UACAAGGCAGUCGGUGUACUGCCUCACCCAAUACUAACACAAGUACAAGGGGUCGGGCCUGGUAAUGUCCUGGUGACCCCUCCCUCACCAACAACACCCCCUCCCUCUGACCCAGGUCCCACCGCUAACUCCCCGUACAAGGCUUUCUCAGACAUAGUAGCUAGGAUAUAGGCGAUCCUUGUGCCGUCAUCGAAGAUUAUUGCUAUUUUAUUGCUACUAAAUCAGAGAGAACCUCCGUGGCUUGACUGUAACGACUACAGCCACUAAUUAGGCUGACUAAUUGGAAGUAUCUAUCGGCUUGUAUUGGUACCUCAACUUCUCAAGUUUUGAUUUUCAUCAGUGUUUUUAAAACCGAGGAACCAUAGGUAUUUGAGGUGUGUAUCGAUACAUUGUGUGAAUGUUAGUGCUACGUGUAGCUAUAUAUAAUAUAACGGUGUAUCACGUCGUGAAUUCUCUUUUUUGAUUACUUGUAUAUAUGUAUAAGUGCAGUGUUGUGAUAGGUUUGGUACAGAGACUGUGUUUGUUGGUCAGUGAUAUCUGAUACACAACACUACACACACCAGGCCAUUGUAUGAAGCUUCAGCACACAGCAAAUAAGCGCUGGCUGUGAAACCACUUCUCCAUCGAAAUAAAAACGUACAUAUAUUAAAAUAUUUUCAUUCGCUGAACCAUUUACAUCUAGUUUUCGUCUACUUGUGAAUUUUGAAAACUUUUCACAGAAUAUAAAGUUUUUCCAUAUUGGAUUUUUUUCCUUGGAACUGUUUCCACGCAGGACUAGUGUACUACGUUUCCUCUGGGGACAAAUUACGCGAAGGUCUUACUGGACUGGAUAUUACCCCGUGAGUCUGCUGAACAUUUUUAUGACCAUACGGAGGUCUCUGAUUCGGUGGUGCCCUCAUCUUUGACAGUUUAACAGGGAUAGCCAUUUUACGAGAAUCUGGAGGAAGAUUUGAUAGACAAUAGAUGUACUAGAAAUCAUACUGCCAGUAAAAUCGUGAGGCACUGGUUCAAUGUGGGAAGCCCUGGCCGCGGGGGUCCGUGCUCUUCAUGAACAAACAUGAACCAUUGGAGCACGAACAACAUGAGGAUAGGACAAUGCCUUUAUCUCCUGGCCGUGCUUACCUUUUCCAUAGCAGAAAUGCCGCCAAUCUUUCUGGAGGAACCAGAGUCAGCUGUGAUACCCAAUAUGGCGUCUGUGACGUUACCAUGUAAAGUAACGCCAUCUAGUGCUAAAGUAAGAUGGCGAUUCAAUAUGGAAUUCAUAGAACCAGGAAAAAACGACAGGCAAGGAUUUACGUUCACAGGGACAAACUUACAUAUAACAAAAUUCAAACAUCGGCGGAAUGGGAUUAAUCACGAAGGGAUUUACGAGUGUAUCGCGGAAACUCCUCAAGGAUCUGUUACUAGCCGACCUGCACAAUUAACAAGAGCAGUAUUAAAAAAGUUUGGACCUAGAACAAAUUUAUCAUUAAAUACGACGGACGGUCAUGAUGUUGUGUUGCCGUGUCUGCCACCCGAAAGUCAUCCGCCAGCUAACAUCAUUUUUGAAUUCAAUGGAACAAUUAUUUCAGGAUCAUCAGAUCAUUACCGGAUUUUAUCAUCAGGGGGGUUACAAAUCACCAAUACAUCUAAAUCGGACCAGGGCCAGUAUCACUGUAUCGCCAUUAAUCCAUUCACCAAUCAAAACAGAACCGCGGAUCAUGUGAUCAACCUCAAUGUCAGAACUUCAUCUGCAGCUCCUAGUCAAGAAGCCGUUAUCAUUACCUCUAAAAACACGUUCACGACCGAGAUUGGUGAGAAUGUCACCUUGGAGUGUGUGGGCCUGGGGAUGCCACAGCCCACGAUCGUCUGGGAGGCGUAUGGAGGCGAGUUGCCGUCCUCGCGCCACAAAAUAGAAAAAGGACAUCUAUUUAUAUGGAAUGUACAACACGAGGACAUGGGGACGUACGCGUGUAAGGCCAGUAACGGGAUAGGGAUAGAGAAACACAAGGCGGUAAUGCUGGAGGUCCUGGAACCUCCGAGGGUUCAGGCCGAGACACAGUUUAUCACAAUCAACCCCAGUGAGUCUGUCCGUCUACGGUGCGAGAUCACGGGCUCGCCAGAGAUGCAGGUGAUUUGGUACCACAACGCUGUGCCCAUGGGAAAAGUCCUGACGGCUAAAAAUGGAGGUACAACCUACACCAUCAAACACAUCAAGCCAGAAGAUGGCGGCCUCUACCAAUGUAUGUGUAGCAACGAAAUCGGAGUAGCUUACUCCACCAUCUACGUAGAGGUCAAAGGGCAAUCCGAACCUAGCACUGACGGAGAUGACGAGGAUGAUACGGCAGUGUCUCCCUCAGACUCGGAUGCAGGUUCAAAUGGUAAUACAGAAGGACCAGGAAAGACGGACUCCAAUAGGAGGAAAAAUAACAGAAGGAACAAGAAACGGAGGAGGAAUCGGAAAAAGAACAAGAAACCAAACAGGAGGCCGCCCAACGAUGAAAGUGCUGCCAAAGACAGACUUGUCCCUCCCACUGCUCCCGAAGUCAGUCAGCUGUCCGAUAAAUCAGUCAAACUCAACUGGUCAGUCCCAGAAAAUGACGGCUUACAGAUUGUUUUCUUCCGCGUCCAGUACAAAAUCAUCAAACCCAAGAAAGGUCAAUGGAAAACGGAGGAUGAGGAAAUUCCGGGAGACAAACGGAUGUACGAAGUCUCGAACCUCAAGCCAGAAGCUCAGUACAAGUUUCGCAUUGCUGCUGUCUACUCAAAUAAUGAUAACACUGCUGGUCCCAACUCAAAGAAGUUCACUCUGACAGUGAAGAAAUUCAAACAGCCCCGCGCUCCCGAGGGCCGGCCGACGAUAGUCAAGGUGGAGCCUGUGGAGUAUGAACGAGACCAAGAGUCUACAAACAGUGUCCUGGAGUACGGACUCAACGUCAGAUGGAAGUAUAUGCCUGUGAAGACCUCCCAAAUAGAAGGCUUUUUCCUCUACUACAAACCGUUCAGUUCCCAAGACGAGUAUGAGUCUGUACAAAUGAUGGAACCGACUGCUCGCACAUAUCUCCUUUCCCCUCUUCAACCAAAUACGGAAUACUCCAUCAAAAUACAGAGUUUCAAUGCCGCAGGAAAUAGUGAUUUUAGCAAUGUGGUGGUAAAGAGGACGUUAGGUGGUAAAGGGAUUAUGAUUUUCCCGCCACCGACAGGUGAAGGAAACGGCGGACAAUCGCCGACAGAUCCUGAGAAUCCUGUGAAGGCUGCUCAGCCAAGUUCAGAGGUGGACGGCCCUAUACCUACAAACACUAAGUCUAGUAGUGAAAUGUUGUACAUGAUUCUUGGUAUCGUGCUCGGCGUCAUGAUGCUGUUUCUCAUCGUAUUUAUGUUUAUGUGCUGGUGGAAACAACGGCAGCAGCGGAGAAUGAUGGAUGCCAUGAAUGAUCACAUGCGAGUCAGUAAAUUUCAAGAUUCGGCUCAGCGAAUUCAUGUGGACAGUUUACGUAAGAAAUACUCUGGUGUGAAUGGACUGAAUGGCUCAGUGGCCAAUGGGCAUGUGCCGAAUUCUUAUACAAAAAUGAACAUUAGUGUGAAUCCGCUGACGGAUGUGGACCCGCAUACGUUCAGUAACGGGUACGGUGGCCACGGGGUGGCAACAACUUACCAGCCACCCAACAGUUUUAUGCCCAACGGGACGAUAUCAAACCACCCGGGUGGUAGUGACAAUAAUUUUAAUAAAAUAAACAGGAGCAUGGACAGUUCUCUUCACCGUGGUAUGGAGCAUGCGGACAACUGUUUGCAACAAUCUGGAUCCCUAGGGGAUGAGGGAUGUCCCCUUCAGAGCCCGGACUCUCUGGGGGGCGGGGAAGCACCCGCCUGUCCGCCCUCUCCUCACUCAAGUAAUGUACCAAGCUGUUUUGACCAAUUUCACUCGGAUUCGCCUGGGAGAUAUUCAAAUUCAAAUCGAUCAUGUGACCAGCUGGCUAGGUCAUGUGAUCAACUUCAAAGUGAGGGUGUUGUGAGGGCUUCGUAUGACAGUUCAGCUGUGAAUAGUGUGGACGGGGAAAGUGCAGGAAAACAGAAACGGCGGCGGCGGAGAGCUCAGGCGCGGGAACAAAUGACCCGCGACCAGGCCACAAACACAGACCUUAGCAGUAACGAAGGAACGAUAGAAUUUUCCACGUUCAGUAAAGUGCCGAGUGAUACACACAGUCCCGAUCAUAGUACUGGAGGACACUGUUCACCUGUUCGGACUUAUGUUUCUGACCACGGUGCACACCUUGACUGCCCUGAUAGGUGUGAGGGUGUUUGACACAAAUUUCUCGUCGUGUGAAAUGGACACAUCUGAUGGAUUUGUUUGUCAAAUUUGUAUCAAAACAACUCACCUCAAGUUAUCAUGUUGUCAAAGUGUGGCAUUUAAAUAGGUGUUAAUUAUUAUAACAAAAUAACGAGAAUUUCUUCCUUUUUUUCUUUUCGUUUUGUUGAAUUUGAGCCAGAAACGAGGAGGAUGUAUGGAGCUGACUUUUCUGUACUCAUGAUUACGUGAACUUCCGACUCUCCCCCCUCGGAAGGAUUACGUGAACUUCGGACUCUCCCCCCUCGGAAGGAUUACGUGAACUUCGGACUCUCCCCCCUCGGAAGGAAUCUUACGGAUCCACGGAGGCUAGUUUAGGGUUGAAUGAAGGGGAGGAUAGAGUUGAACAUUGAACAAAAUACUCAGGAUUUUUUGUUGUUACAAGAGAAUUUUCAUACAAGUGCAUCUUGUUAUGAUGGUUUGUAAUUAUAUUAAUGAGAAACUGCCAAAGGAUUUUAUUUUUUUCUCUGAGCACCAAAAAUAGGUACUUGUGAUAUUUAAUGAAAACAAAGUAGGUUAUAAUGUUAAAUGUAGAAUUUAAAUUUAUUAGACCCACAAAUAAUAAUAAUUGUCCGAGUUACUUCCCUUUGAGUAAAGUAUCCCAAAGUUGUCAUGGUUUUGAUGGACGUUCUAAAUUGUAAAUUAUUGGAAAAUGUUGCAAUUGUUAAUUGUCAAAUAUUGAUGAGUUUCUGAGAAAUAGAACCUUGGUUAACAUGUAUUCACUGUUCUAGGCUCACUGCUGUAAGAAAUGAUUAUUUCUGUAUGGAAAUAUUAAUCUCUGUGACAGAGCAACUUAACUCAAACAGAAUUUGUUAUAAGUCGUAUAUUUCCCAGCAUUACCUUUCAUACAACUGAAUAAUUUCUAGUUCUUUUUAUGUCUUGAAAUAGUUACAUCAGGAUUAAUAAGAAGUUACAAUUGCUAAUCAAAAAGAUGAUAGGAGUUUUAUAAGUUGAAGUGAAGACAACUUUAUUUGAUUCGGUGAUGUAUACAGAUACUGUAAAGAUUAGACUGAAGGAUGGAAAAGUGUUCUUUUUACAACUACAAGCUUUUACAGCUACAAACAAUGGCAGAUCCAGCCUCCCUUUCAGCCCAAAUCGUUACUUUUUUGGUGGGGGUUAGGAUGUAGCUUAUGGGAGGCCCCUCCCCCACUCUAACCCCCACUCCGACUGAUGGGAAAGUUGGGUAGCACAUUCUGGAAAUUUAGGCCCGUCUUUUCAGAAAUUCUGGAUCUGCCAGGAACAAUAACAGCAUUGUCAUAGCUUCAAAUUGAUGAUGAUGGAGUCACUUAAAAGACAGAUUCUCGUUACCAUAGUGAUUGUUUUACACAUUUCGAAAUAUUUUCACAAAUAAACAAAUAUCAAAUUUUUGAUUAUUUUUUUAUCAGUUUUUAUAGGAAAUGCUGGCAGAGCACUAAGGUUUGUUUUAAUCAGACUUUGAAUCUGUACUCAUUUCAAGCUUAGUAACCAUUGAAAUUAAGGUUAAAAUUUAAGUAAUUUUAUUGUAAUUAUUAAAAUUGAUAACAAAGUACAUGUACAUGUAUACAGGUCCUGAAAUUCAAAAUGGCUACCUUUAGAUAUUAUUCACAAAGAUACCUGUAUUCCUACAAAUAUCUUUCAAAACAAUUUUUUUUUUGUAAAUUUUAAUGAACAUAUCAUUAACAAAGCUUGAUUGAAUUGGAUUUUUGACAUUAGAACAUUUUUUUUAUCCUUCAGGUUUUACCCUUUCGCCCCUAGGUAACUUUAGUUGACUCUACCAUACAUUUAUAUGGAUGAUUCCAUUAUGGUUCACAGUGGUGAAAGGGUUAAUCUUGUAAAUCUGUUAAUAAGUUGAUGUUAGUCUGUGAUUGCGUUGUUUUGUAUUGAAAUCCACUAGCUAAUGAGAGUCAUGUUAACGACCUAUAUAUCAAAUGGAGACAUGUGUCUACUGGCUCACGCCUUGUAAUCAGCAAUAUUUGUAUAUGUAAUGUGGCCUGGGAAUGAUGCCACUUUCCAGCGGCAUAUCAAGAUGCCGCACUAACUGACAUCAUCUCGGACCAUCUUUAAGGGUAAAUUACAAACAUUUAUGAGAUAUUAAUUGAUUAAUGUGUUUUUGUAUUACUGUAUCUUUUUGCUCAAUGCAAAGAGAAUGAAAACACACCAUGUUCAUUUUUCUUCAUUAUUUUAUUCUGAAAAACGAGAAUUUUCACCAAAUUUGUUUCUUAAGUUAAUUGCCUUGUUAUCGCUGUAAAUAGAACAUUGUUCAGUAUUAUUGUAUAUGUCAUGAUGUUGAGACCUGAACAUUAUUUUAACUUAAUAAGCUAUAAAUAUGAAAUGGUAUCCAUAUGUGUCCCAAAAAAUCAUGUUGUAUUUAUCGUAAUUAUGUUACUGCCUAAUCGUGUGUUGUAUGUCCGUGUAAGUUUAGUAACUGUUCCCGUACAAUGGACGGCCGGGAGUGUGUACUCGUGUUUUUAGAUGAUGAACAGAUAUUUUGCGAGUCAGAGAUAUGUGCAAACAUCAUUUUGAGACAGAAAGUUGGUGUUGACUUAGGUACGGGACGAGGAACUCUCUAGGUAGACAUCUUAGUCAUCUGGUGGUUAAGUUUUCAUGUGAUGUAACUUGGUAUCAGAUUACAUCAUCAGAGGAAGUUAACCCUUUCACCCCUAGGUAGCUUUAGUAGACUCUACCAUACAUUGAUCUGGAUGAGUCCAUUAUGGUCUACAGUGGUGAAAGGGUUAAUUUGUUUAGAUUAUUAUGGGAUAUCAUUACAUUGAUGAUCAAUAAUGUAUCGCGUAACAUUUACUGAGAAAUUCUGAAGAUAUUUACUGAUGUUACAUAAAACGGGUGUCUCAGAUGUUCUACACAGAACUUCUCUUCUCUUCCCAAGGUCAACUAAGUGACUGAUUUACAAUGGUUUAUAGUUUCAGUGUACAUGUAUGUGUGCGUGUUUGUGAGAUGGAGAGAGAGAGAAAAGAAGAGAAUGGGAAGGAGAAAUGUGAUAGUAUAAACUCUAAAUUCAACCAAAGGAAAUAUAAUUGAUAACACUCUUUUGAUGACUUUAACUCAAAGAUUCACAGUAAAAACGGGCGUCUAUACUGAUAUGGGUCACAGCACAUCGACGUACAAGAUCGUUAUUAUUAUAGCAUUGUGUUUAGGUGUGCUGUGACCCAUAUCAGUAAAGCAUUUGUGUAUUUGAGACAUUUGUAACAAACUCCUGUGGCUGAACCUACAAAAAAUGACUGCAAUAUUAUGAGAAUUUUUAAAGAAUAGAAUAUAUAUGUAAAUCCACUGGAAGAUAUGGGGGCCUACAGGAUAUACUCAUUCACCCCUGCAGACAUUUAAACUCUUCCAAUUCAAAGGUUGGAAUAGUCCAUUAUAAAAUUUCAGGGUUGAAUGAAUUAAACUGCCUACAAUUUAGUGUUUGAAUUUGAUAGGGGGUUGAAUUGUGCAUGUGAUAUGAUUGUAAUAGUGCUAGUUAUAGGUAACUGAAAAAUAGGACGAGGUUGUCAAUUCACGGGAGAAUGGGACGAGUGAGUUUAAGGUAUGCUAAUUGGUAAUGUGAGAUGAUAGGUAGUGGAUGAUUGAGGUACAAUGAGUGAUGAUGAGAGACUAGAUGAGUGAUGAUGAGAGACUAGAUGAGUGAGGAUGAGAGACUAGAUGAGUGAGGAUGAGAGACUAGAUGUGUAAUUGGUGCAAUGCUACAUGUGAUAAAUUUACACCUUCCAGCCUGUCAGUCUCUUCCUUAGCCUCAACCAUAUCAACCAAUCACAGGUUAUUUUGUGAGGGCAUGCAGUAUCAACCAAUCACAGUUUACUUUGUUAAGGGUAUUUUCUGUUCCACUUGUCUGUGUACUGAUUACUCUAAGAUUACUCAAAAAAUAUUUAACAUAAUUCAGGACUCUUUCCUUAUUUCUAAUAUAGAGUUGCUUUGAUCAACCAAUCACAGUUCACUUCGUUAGGACAAACAGUAUCAACCAAUCACAUUAUACUUUGUUAGGACAAACAGUAUCAACCAAUCACAAGAUCGAAAAAUGUUUAUCAAAAAUAAAGUGCAGUAGAUAUAGAUAUGGAACAAUAUUCACAUUUCUUCAGAUGGAAAAAUUGAUGUACAUGUAAUAAAGUAAUAAUUUGUAGUGAAAUGAAUAUCAGCAAUAUAUUGGUUUCCCCACCUUGAAGGUAAGACAGAAAAAUCUCAACCCUAGGAGUAAGAUCCUUGCCAGAGGCUUUGCUGAGGGCCAGACAUUUAACCCUUUCACCCCUAUGUAACUUCAAUAAACUCUACCAUGCAUUAAUCUGGGUAAGUCCAUUAUCGUCUACAGUGGUGAAAGGGUUAAGAAUCUUACCCCGAGGGUUGAGAUUAUUCUGUCUUACUCCAAAAGUGGGGAAUGAUUAUUUUCUCCCACAUCAAAUAGCAAUUUCAUGAAAUGCAAACGUUUAUCUUAAAAUUUCCAGCAGAUCCCAGUUAUCUUCCAAGAUCUGCUAUUGUUGACAGGACGUCAAUGUAUUGUUGACGUGACGUCAUACAAUUGUUAUGACAUGGGAAUCCCCGGUCUUUACCGUCGGUUUAGACCGAGAUACCUUUCCCCUGACCAGAAGUUUGGAUAUCUCUGUCUAAUAGGGAGAGAAAUGUAUUUCCUCUAUUCUGUUUUCUGUGUAUGAGAACUCUGGUGUAGAAGACGUGGAGCGUGUGUUGGUUGAAGGUUGAGACUAAGGGAGGUAUGAAUACUGGAGAAACUUAUGUCAUUUUCAUUUGUGUUCAUUUAUGUCCUUUAUGGCCAGGAGUUUAAACAGUCGUCAUUGUAAAUAAAAACAAAGUAAAAAUUAAAUUACAACAAUGAUA